GGGAGGGAAAAAAAAAAACACUCUCACACACACAGCCUCCUACAUACACACACACACACGCACACUGUGCUGAGAGCUAGCAAGGGGCUUUAAACAGCUUUACUCUAAACAGAGACAAAGGGACUGUAACCUGCCACAAUGGAGGAAAACAUGGAUGAAUCGCAAAGCCAGAAAGGCUGUAAGGAGUGCUGCGAGCGAUGUGUGGGCAGUCUGCCUUGGGCCUCUCUCAUCGCCACUAUUCUCCUGUAUAUGGGCGUGGCCCUGUUCUGUGGCUGCGGCCACGAGGCUUUGAGCGGUACGGUCACCAUCCUCCAGAACUACUUUGAAGUCAUCAGAGCUCCAGGAGAAACGCUGGAUGUGUUUACCAUUAUUGACAUCCUGAAGUACAUCAUCUAUGGCCUUGCAGCUGGAUUCUUUGUGUUUGGAGUGCUGUUGCUGGUGGAGGGCUUUUUCACAACCGGAGCUAUUCGGGAUCUCUAUGGAGAGUUUAAGAUCACUGCCUGUGGACGCUGCCUGACUGCAUUCCUGAUGUUCCUGGCCUACCUGUUCUUCCUGGUGUGGCUUGGGGUGACAGCGUUCACCAGCCUGCCGGUCUUCAUGUACUUCAACGUCUGGUCCAUGUGUCAGAACACCAGCUCGGUGGAGAGAGCCAGCUUCUGCCUGGACCUGCGUCAGUUUGGAGCCGUGACUAUCUCUGAGGAGAGGAAGGUGUGCACAGAAUCUGAGAAGUUCGUCAAGAUGUGUGAAUCCAAUGAGCUGGACCUGACCUUCCAUCUGUUCGUGUGCGCACUGGCAGGAGCAGGAGCUGCUGUCAUUGCUAUGGUCCACUUCCUGAUGGCUCUAGCUGCUAACUGGGGCUAUCUGAAGGACGCCAGCCGAAUGCAGAAGUACGAGGACAUCAAGUCGAAGGAGGAGCAGGAGCUGCAUGACAUCCACUCGACACGCUCCAAAGAACGCCUCAAUGCCUACACAUAAACACACAAGAAACGACACACACACACUUAACCUGUCAGACACACACAAGAUGAUACAUGCACAAACACACACACUCACACACAUACAGGGCCUGUCUGAAACAUGAAUUAAACUCAAAGACAUAACUUAAGACACGAGUAGGCAAAAAUUAGCUGAUAUCAAUAAAAUGAUGAAAACGGAGACACCAUAAUCAUCACUGUGUCCGAAAACAGAUCGUUGGCUCAGGUGAUCUGUGCUAACACUUUAGCAUCCAAUAUGUUGGUUUUGUGCCAUACAUACUUUUUAAGUUUUUAACCCACUUCUGCUUUUGAGUGAAUAGAAGCCUUUAGCAUUUUUAAGAAUUUCGGCACUGUGGGGCUAAUAAAUGCUUAUCUUAUCUCAUCUUAUCUUAUCUUACCUUAUCUUAUCUUGUUAAAAGUAAGUGAUGGAAAGCAGAGCUUACUGUCCUCAUCAAAGGAAGUGAUGCUUGUGAUGGUGAUUGUGUUCAAAUUCACUGAUCAGAAGCUACAUGCUUCAUCAACUUUAAGUAGUUCAUUAUAUUUCACUCUGAAGUUUUUUAAUAUCAAGGCAUAAAUUUACCAAGGCUGCCUCAGCCUUUUUGGAGCUCUAAGCACUCCACCCCCUUCAAUCACCAUUGCCCAAAGUAACUUUACAUUGUGUGACUGUGUAGAACAAUCAACUACAACUGACCUAAAAUCCGGGAAAGAGACAAAAAUAAAAGUAACUAAAAAAAAAAAAAUAGUAAAACAAAAAAGUACAGCAUAUGUAGAACAGCACAAGAAACAAACAAAAUAAGAAGACUUGAAGUAAUACCAAAAAGAAAAAUGAUGAGCAGAAGAACCCAAAGAAAUGUUGCAUUUGAAUUUGGUUUGUGGCCCCUUGAUGGUCUAUGUUUUGGCUCACUGUGCUUUGUGUUAAAACUUCCAGUAUUUUCCUAAAAGAUUAGUCUUUUCUUUAUGUCAGUUUUACUGGCUUACCAUCACAGCUCGUUGCAGGCCUGCUCUGAGCUGUUAGCACAGCACACUAAACCCAGCAAUCUACAGCAGACACAUGAAAGUGUGUGUAUGGUGUCUGUGAGCUCAUCAUUUAACGUGGGAGUCGUCCAACAGCCUCAGUACCUGCUUUACACACAUCACACAGGAUCUAUCCACACACACACACACACCCACACACACACACAUACACACACACUUAGAUGUGGCUGAAUGGUCGGUGUUGUGCAGGCAGUGUUGUAUGGUGGUGUCAUGCUGUGUCGUGUCGUUUCGCCACAUUAUGAUGACUGGUAUUGCAGAGAAAUAUGAUCCCCGAAGAACCGUGUACCUCCUGGGUACAAAUGGGUAGCUUUGCUAACUUUUCUUCCCCCUCCAUCUCCUGUCCCGACCUUUUUCCUCUGAUCCCACCCCUUCCUUCUAUCUUACUACUCUGUGACCUCCCCAUCAUGAGCCCAGUUUCAUUAGUUGUUCCACAUAUUCUUGUUCCACAUACCGACCAGUAUGUUCCACAAAUGGCCGUCUGCAGGCCCAGAGGUAGGGUUUUUGAGCUGCAGUUCAGGCUAAUUAGUUCACUGUAAUAAUAACAAUGGAACCAUAUAUUGACUAAUAAAAUAUGCAGAUGAAUUGAUGUCAUAAAUUCUCUUCUUUUGAUAAUUUCCCUAAUACAGCUUUAUUUGUAUGGUAUAUCAAAUGGUAGGCUCCUUGAGCUCAUACUUUCAGAGUAAAAGCACUUAAGAUGGCAAGCAGAUUUCAAAGAGGCCAUUUAAAACAACUAGUGAACCGGGGCUUUGUGUCCUUCCCCCUUCAUCCCCAGUUUGUAUAAACUUGUGAUUUGUCCUCAGAAACAGCACAUCUUAGCAGCACAAAGUCUUUUGAACGUGUGUCAUGUUCUCAUCAGUCUGAUAAAUAAUGUUUUUUCUCACUUUUUGGAAUUUUGCCACAUUUUUAUCUUAUUUAUGUGUAAUUUUAGCAUUGGGGUAUUUAAAUGGGGCAGGUUUGUGUCGGGGGGUUGGAGGGGGUUGUAUCACUUUCAUAUCUUUAUGUAGUGGUUCUGCACACACAAAAAUACACACCAAAAUACACACAUACACAUGCGUAUACACCAACCAUCUUGAGAGUUUCGAUUCUUGCAUCAUUGUGUUUUCUUUUCUUUCUUUCAACAAACCCUAAUGUGACCAAAAUGACCAUUUAUUUGUGAACUGAAUUUGGAAAAUCACAGAUGCUAAUAGUGAACUUGUCAUUGGUGACAUGAACAGAUGAUUACUGUGAAUUCUGGAUGGUGUCUUUGAAGGUUGUUAAGGCUGAGCUCAUUAUUGUUGGUGUGGACAGGAUGUGUUUCAAGAUGGAGGAUCGGUUCCUUAAAGGAUUUUAGGGUGUAGAUAUUUGUAACAUCUUAUGAAGAGUUUGAUUGAGUUUGUAAACUGUUUCCAAUGAGAUGCAUGUAAUGGGAGUGAUGUAAGUUGAGAGAUGGGACUGAAUUAUAAAUUUUAAAAGGUGAGUGCGGAAGAAACUAGAAAUGAAGAGAUGAAACUCACCUUUAGUGGCUGCAGGGAUUGAUUUAACUGGACCAAGAUGAAUGAUUUCCCAGCUAUUAAGCUCAUAGUUUAGGAAUGAUUUGUUCUGAUAGGUUUGUGAUUUUAGAGGAUGUUCCCACCUUAUGUUUCUCAAUUACUUCCUCAGGCACUUCUAUACUGGAUGCUAUUAAUGUUGGAUUAGCAGAAUUUACUGAGAUGCAGCAUGAAGUAAUCUGUUCUGAUUGGCCCCUAAAGUUAGGGAUUUCCAAAAAAAGAAAAAGAAAAAGAAACUAAAAUGUAAGAAUGUAAUAAAUGUAAGAUUUCUUAAGAAGCUGAUUAGACUUAUUUUAGUUAAAAUGUCAAAAAUCAAACCUAUGAGCAGUGCCAACUUUAAACUUGAAUAUAUUUUGUUCUAAUGCAGUGUACGCAACACUUCAGAUUUAAAAUAGGGAGGUUUGGAAAUGAAAAUACUUUGAUUCUCUGUCACCAGCGUGCAGGGUUGUUAGAUCUGUAUUAUAUAUUAUGUUGAGCCAGCCAUUAGGAAAAGAGGAUUGUAUGUUGUGUCUUGGUUCUAGCUGUGAGGGUAAGUGAUGAUUCUCUAUCUGCCAGUAGAGAUGACAGAGAGGGAAUUCAGUUUGUCUUCAGAAUUGUUGGUGAAGAAGUUGCUAGUGAUGAUGAUGGUGACAGUGGUGAUGAUGAUGUUGGGCUUUGAAGGGUUUGAUUUGAUGAGACUACCAGCACACGCACACACACACACACACACACACACACACACACACAAACAUACAUGCACACACUCCACCACCGCCAUCACUCUGAGCCAUAAUUCUUUACUCUUUUACUUUUCACCAAUAACAUGUCACUAUUUUAUUAUCAACUUUGAAUCUUUGAAACUUUUUAAAUGUGAAAUCAUUUAAUUAGAAAAAAGAAGUGUGUUUCUUUUCUUUUUCUUCUUUGUGGGCAGUAUUAAGCACUGCACCUACAUUAACUCUGUAUAAAGAUAUACAUAUAUGUGAAACAGUUGAGGUGAGCAGCCGGGAGAAUGAUUUCCUAUCGGUUACAGAGUCUGGAGGAGGUGGUUCAGUCCCAAUGUCCUGAGCCUUUACUCCCUAAGAGAGCUGCAUUCACACGCACAUGAAAAACAUGAGCUAUUCAAGUCUUUGAAACGUACUGCUUUAUCCAGAAAAGUUUUCCGUCUCUGACAGAUGAUUAGCUGAUUUGAAGGUUAAAGGUAAGGUAAAACAUUUUAAAACUAAUGUCUUGGCAAUAAACAAAGUGUUAAUUGUAGUAAAAGGUCAAACAUACAGCUGUGUAGUUGUUUAAGAGGCAGCAAUGGUAUUGGUUAUUUUUUCCAUAGUAAUGACCAUGAACAGUGUUAUACAGUAUUAACAACUCUGAUCAAAUCUCAUCGCUGUCUGUUUGAUACCAACGUUGGUUUCACUAAGAGGAUUCAUGUUUGUAGAGACCAACAGAACUGCCAGAGUGAUGGAGACAGCAAGUCGACAACGCAAUAACACAGUUAGUGGCUGAGUGUCCAUACAGACACUAGAGUUGUGCUUGUCUGGGCUUUUCUUAAGAACCAAGGGGAAUCUGAUUUUCUCCCAGGAUUAUACUGGUUAAACAGAUUCUGAAUCUGGCUCUUUGUGUCAUGUAAAUGCAGCCGAAUUUGACUAAACCUUUGAGGAACCUACCAUCAGUGUUGAUGUCGGGAGACUCCACCAGACUCCUGUCCUGUUCAGGUGUGUCUCGGCUGCUUACAGUCAGUAUUUUUAAGGGUCUAGUUUUACAGUAACAGUAUUUUAUCAUUUCAUUGCCUGACAAUGGAUGUCUUGUCAGUGUUUUUAACCUCAGAUAAAAGAAAAAAUAGUUUUUGUGCACUUAUUGACCAUUGUGAGCUCUCUCUCUCUCUCUCUCUCUUAUUCUUGGUGUGUAAGUGCAUUGAGAUCCCCAUGGUGGGACCUGUGUAUAGUCUUGCAGCAUUGGUUAUAACCUGAAGAAAUAACAAUGAUGAAAACGAAUGAAUUCAUAAUAAUGAAAAUUAACUUAUACUAGGUAAAAAAAAAAAAAAAGACAGUGAAUCUAGUUGUUGUUUGUGGCAUGGUUAUGCAUUCAAUGGUCAUAAUUUUACUGAUUAAAACAGUACAAAAAAAAUAUCAUCCUUUUCCACUGGCGCUGUUCUGCUGUUUUUUGUUUUGUUUUCCACUUUUCAGUGUGCAGUAUUGCAGUUCCUGUUGCUAAUGAUGUUGCUAAGCUAGCUUGCUUGAUCAGCUGUUUACCACCAGAGCAAUAUAUUGUAGCAGUUUGACAAAAUCAAGACAUGAACAAGAAAUCUAUACCCGUAAAUAUCUGGCAUACAAGUGCAUGAAUCUAUGAUUGCAAGUCUUAAGUGAUAUGAUCAGUGAUAUGUUCUUUAUUGUUUAUCCUAAUAAAGCGGAUUUGCAGAUGUGUAAUGUAUUGCUCUGGCCACCCAUUAUCCUGCACCCACCUCUGCUCAGAUCCUCUUCCUCAUUCUGGCUGCUUAUAGGCUACGAUCACACCACAGCUCCGGUUGUUCAAGUCACAUAUUUCUGACCAUAUUUGAAUUUAAAAGUGACUCAUGUGUAAUUUCCUGUGUGCUUGAAACAACCCGCAUGUGUACAUAAGAGUCACUGAUGCAUAAAUAAAGCUCCAUGUAACCAAGCAACAAGCACAGUCUGCACAGUUCACACUGCCAAAUCACCAUCUGUAAUGGAUGCUAACAAGGCAAAAUAAUAAUUCAGGCGGCUUCCAAAGAAUAUUUAGAGCUGCACAAUCACAUUCAAAGGUGCAGAAGAACGAAACCUGCUUGUAGGCCACAAUGACCGGAAGACAUGAAAUUCCUCUGAAACUGGAGGCAUAUGAAUAUGUACCAAAAUAGAUCUGAAAAUAUGGAGGUUUUUAUAUGGGCAAGAUUGUCAGAUUGUAUCAUUUUUUGCCAGAUCUCAUAUUUGCUAUUUCAACAGCAGUAUCAGUUGAUCAGGAAGAAGGUGUGAGCAGCUUGCUGUCCUUUUGAUUAAGUCUGCUCAUUUAACCCACAUGUCCUUGUAAAGAUGAAUAUGUGUAUUGACACGUACUAAUCCUGCGUCCUUCUUGUCUACCCGCUGGCCAUGGCUGAACAUGGACUCACUUUACCAUUCCAUGAUCCUGACCACACGCAGUUGUGACAGGAUUCAGAAACUUGACCAUGUCAGCACAAUAAAGCAUGAUUUUCAACAAUAACAUGAAAUCUGAUUUGGAAGCCUCUGUGAGAAAGAUUUGAUCUGUUUUUGACUGUUUUUGCAGCUACAAAACCUCAGCUCUGUAUCACAGGAUGAAAAAUCAGAUCCUCUGUGCCUGAAUAAAUUCAGCUCCACCAUGAACAGAACCGCAGAUCUAAAAGCUCAUGAUGUCAGUCUGUGACCUUACACUGAUCAUCACGUGUUUCAGAUCCAUGCAUUUUGUCAGGUUGGACAUUUUGGACGUUGGGAGUAGUUUGUUUGCUUGGGGUUUUUUCUUUCUUUUUCUGUUUCUCCGUAGUGUUCUAGACUUUUUGUACUUCACUCUGGUUGCUUAGUAGCAGGCUUUAUCUGAUUCACUCCUCCAUUUUUGUACAUAUCUGUGCCAACAGCUUGGGCAGACAGUGGCUUUUUUUAUUUGUAAAGACAUAAACUUGCUUGCAUAUAUAAAUAAAAUGAAAUAAUACACUUGUGUACUUGUUAAUAAGGGAAA